CUAUAAAUUGGUAUCGGCAGAGAGGACGACCAGGGUUAUUGUACACAUUCUUCAGCAACUGCGUUUUUGGAUCGGAACCUCUUCUGCGGCGUAGCAAUGGGACACUCCAACGUUUGGAACUCUCACCCAAAAAACUACGGUCCUGGUUCUCGCACUUGCCGUGUGUGUGGGAAUCCACAUGGACUGAUCAGGAAGUAUGGCCUUAUGUGCUGCAGGCAGUGCUUCCGUAGCAAUGCCAAGGAAAUUGGCUUCAUCAAGUAUCGCUAAAAGAGCAGUUGUCAACUACGGACCAAUAUUGUGUUCUGGCACUAGGAUGUUUUGAGGAUGUUAUGUUUGAAGAAACUUGAGACUUUCUUUUUUCAUCUAAUUAAUUAUCAGACGUAAUUUGUGGUACUAAGAAUACUUUUAUAUAAAUUGUUUUGAACCAUA